CAUCCUUUUAACAUUAAACUCUUAUAGAAAAUAAAUGUACCUCUAAAAUAUAACACAAAUUCAAAGUUUCUUAUUUCACAUUAUUUAAUUUCCUAAUAAGAAAAACUAAGAAACACAAGAAAGGACAAGAGAAAGUGUACGCUAAGUGUUUUGUUUGUUUUUUUAAGUUUUGGACAACGAAAAUAUUCCUAAUGAACACUUGACCGGGAGUACUUGUGUUACAGCGUUCGUCCCAAGGUGUCAGCGUGUUGAACCAAACAGCUGGGGGAGUGAUUAUCAUAACCCCCGUGUGUUGGGUGGAGUCUGGCCAUGAGUUACAGUGAUAUAUAUCUACCCACAGUGCGUCACUCUACAGUCUGGGAUUCUCUGGACUGUUAUGGUAUACGUGAAGACAGUCUCCAGUCGAUUACCUUGCCAGUCAGGUCAUAAACUGGCCAUGAACCUCGAGGUGUAUAUCCCAGACAGUCACCACCUCAUCGCUUAUUCACCAUGAGUCUUCAGAUAACCUAACCCAAGUGGUCUUUAGUUCCUCGGGUCGUGAAGUACAGACGACGAUCAUCAUGAGACAGAAGGACCCUAUCCCAGAGACUGUCUACCUCGCCCACUAGCCACCAUCUAUGUAGACGUCUUCCUCCUCCAUCACACAUAUACAUACAUACAUACACCGUUAUGGAUAUGGAGUUCGACUUCCUGUACAUUCACCAGGACAGGAAUGAGCAUCGCAGCCUUCACGUCAUCAAGGAGGAGGUCGGGGAGGAGGACACCUUCCAUGACUCCGGCACAAGCGGUCAUGAGCCUGACAGUUUGGAGGCCAUUCAGACGGUGGUGAACGGCGGCGACAUGGUAGAGGGCCGUCCUUCGCCACCCUCACCUUCUGACGGCGACGUUGACGAUAGAGGAGGGGGAGAAGGUAGAGGAGGGAAGCCCGAAGAUGCGGCCAUCCUACUGCAUCUAGAACGCUGUAGUCACCGCCAAACAAGACGCACCUUACACGAGCUGAAGGAGAAAUAUGAAACUCUACAACACCAGCUCUCUCAGAGGGCCAUUAAGCUCGAUGAGUUCAGCGUCAGGACUGUUGGCAGUGAUCUCGAGAGUCUUCACAUUGAACAAGAGACGAUCCUCAACUCUCUCGAAUCUCUCAACUCCAUCGCCUCCUCCGACCGUCUAGUGGAUGAGCUUAAGCUGCGAGAGAUGACCAUUAGCCAGCUGAGGAGUAAAGUGUUGCAGCUGGAGAAGGAUCGUCUGGAUAAAGUCCCCUUCGACGCUGCCAAGGAGAUAACCAGACUCAACAAUAACCUGAUCCAGUUAGAGAAAGCAAGAGACGAGUUAACGAUACAGAAUUUCUCCCUCAAGUCCAAGUUAUCUGACCUGACCACCAAAAUCAACGACCCCGCCGCCACUUACCAAAUAGCUAAGGAAUCCCUCAGUUUUAGAGAAAACUUGAUCCAAAAUACAGAAAACGGGAAACUGAAAGACGUGGAUGACCCAGAUGUUGUGAAAGUACUCAGAAAGGCGACAUACAAAGUGACGAAUGACACUCAGAAACUCAGACAAAUGUGCACAGAGUUAGUGAAUAAAGAGGAAGAGUACAAGAAGAGAAUAACGGACUUGGAGACGGAAGUGAGGAAUCUCCAGAACGAGAACUCGAAGCGGUUUGAUAAGGCCAUUCGGGAGAUGGAGAACCGCUUGGAGAUAACCUCACAGAAGCUGGAGGCCGCGGAGAGGUACCUCACGUCCAAGGAGGAGGAAGGUAAUAUGCUUAAGCUCGACAUAGAUACACUCAAUGACGAGAACAAGAGAUUAAAAGAAAAUCUAAACGAAUUAAUAUUAAAACAAAAGGAUUACCUGGAGGAGACGUCGCAGAAAGCGGUGCUGGAGGGGAGGUUCACCAGGUUAGCCGAGGAGAACCGGGUGUUGGCAGAGGACUUCAACAGGGAGCGAGUGUUGAGGAAGAAAUACUACAACCAGGUGGAAGAAAUGAAGGGCAAGAUCCGUGUGUUCUGCCGUGUUCGCCCCAUGAGUGAGGGAGAGAGGAGGCAGGAGGUGGGUGGGGAGGUGACAGCGGUUGAGGAUGAGUUCACCCUCGCCGUCAACACUCAGCGAGGUCACAAGUCCUUCCUCUUCGACCGUGUCUUCCAACCUCACGACGACCAGGACGCCGUCUUCCAGGAUACUAACGCUCUGAUUCAAUCGGCACUGGACGGGUUUAACGCGACCAUCAUGGCGUAUGGACAGACUGGUUCAGGCAAGACCUACACCAUGUUGGGCACUCAGGCCAACCCAGGCAUCGCUCCCCGGGCCUUCCAGCGACUCUUCCAGCUGGUGGAGGGCGGCAAGGCCAGGCACGACGUCUACAUCUCUGCCUACAUGAUGGAACUCUACAACGACAAGCUUAUUGACCUUUUCAAACCCGUACAUACGGUUGAGAGUGAGCGGCUAGAGAUAAAGAGAGAUAAGAAAGGCAGCGUCCACGUGCAGGGAGCGACAGUCCGUAAUGUAACCUCAGCCAGAGACUUGGGUCAGGCAUUUGAGGAAGGCCUGAUGAACCGCCACACAGCCUCCACCAAAAUGAACGUGGAGAGCUCUCGUUCCCAUCUCCUGAUAGUGAUAUGCCUUAAUGUAACCUCUAAACAAACUGGCAAUGUUCUUAAAGGAAAGCUGACCCUGGUUGACCUGGCUGGCAGUGAGCGGGUCAGUAAGAGUGGUGCCUCGGCUGACCAGCUUAGAGAAGCCAACUCCAUCAACAAGUCUCUCUCAGCUCUGGGUGAUGUUAUCUCUGCCUUGUCGUCAGAGUCCUCCUUCGUCCCCUACAGGAACAGUAAAUUGACAAUGCUCCUUCAAGACAGUCUGGGAGGAAACGCUAAGACGCUCGUGUUCGUCAAUGUUUCCCCAGCUUCUUACAACGCUGACGAGACGCUUAUAUCACUCAUGUAUGCUUCAAGAAUAAAGCAGAUUACAAAUAACAUCAGCAAAAACUCUGAUAAUAAGGAAAUUUCCAGAUUAAAAUCGAUCAUAAACAAACUCAAGAAAGGAGAGUAUCCGGACGAGGAGGCUCUAUGAGGGUGAUGAAGAGCUCCACCAUAGCCCCACCACCGUAACCCCAACCAUAGCUUCUACCAUAGCCCUCACCAUAGCCUCUACCAUAGCUCCACCACCAUAGCCUCCACCAACAACAGACGACCAAAUGUAUUUAUUUACUUGUGGGGGGCCAGCCACAACUGACUACUAAAGAAAACUAAAACCAUACAGUGAUUCUUAUACCAAUGGAAACUGCAAAGCUUAUCGACUUUAUUUUUCCAACACUAAAGAGAAAAUACACCAUUGGGCUAAAAAAACAUAUUCAGAUAUUUUAUGAGGCUGAUAUGACACCCACCAGAGGACUAUAAUUAUGUACACUAGUAGUAGAACAGUGAACGUUAUUUACACCAGAGCAUUAGUGCUAGAGUGAAAAACAAAACAAUACUAAUAACCUCUGAGUGUAGAUGCGACCGUCAGUAAUUAAGAAAGUAAAAUUCUUUAAAAAUACAGGUAUAUAUAUAUUUAUAUUGCAGUGAAGGAUUUUGAAUUAUACACAAAUCCAUGAAUGUGUUUGUUAUGUUUUGUUUAUUUGUUAUUGUUGAGUUUGUCGAAGUGCUAGCAUUCGAGAUUGUCAUAUAAGUUUUUUUAUUAGUAGUAUUUUUAAAAAACACUGAUUUUUUUAAUGAUUUUAAUUAAGAAUCAUAAAUAUUAGAGAGAUUUCUUAAUUAAUAUAGAUGUUACCUCAUAUGCAUUGUAAAUACCAUUAUUAAGUCAUGUGGCGCCUCAUCACGACACACGAAUUGAAGAAGCAACAUUGUCAUCACACUUGACGGAAUUUCUCUUACAGGUUCAAGCAUAUUUCUUCCUUAUUUAUGUAGUGCCUUUAGUUCGCACUUCAACUGUUUUUUGUCUUUUUUUGUUAUACAUCCUCCAUAAUCCCACACUAAAUUAAAAUAAAGGUAUCGAUGAUAAUUGAUAGUGAAUUUGUUAUAUAUGUGUGUGUGUGCAUGCAGUGAAUAAUGUAUCUGGCAGUUGAAUAAUGAUGAUGAGGAGGAGGAGGAAGUCAUUUGUAAAGCAUAUAUUACAAUUAACACCUGAAAAUCAUAUCCCACAACCUAUUAUUAAUAAUGAGCCUAAGACUUCACUAAUUAGUCCGCUGUCAGUAAUCAUCUGGAAACUAAACUUGUACAAAAUCUGUGAUGUUAGUCGAUUUUUAAUGUAGUUUGAAAUGUUUCCUGGUAACUAUGUAAUAAUUUUGGCGUCUAUAUUCCUGUCUUGUGUUAUGACAUGAAGCGUAGUAAAUGUUCCUUUAAAA